CGAGUGUCUUCGAGACCUUAAUGCACUAAAACCUGUAAGGAAGCGCAUUAAUGUUCAAAUCAGCAGCAGAAUAUGAGUUCAUCGAAAUGGCUAGUGGGCACAUGUCGCCAAGCAAUGCUUUCGAGGAAGGUUCAUGUACAGCUUCCUCUCGGCAUGUCAACAUCACGGAUUGCAGGGCUCAGAGGACAUGUACAAGCGGAUUAUCUAUUACCGACAAGCGCAAAGUACCCGCUGGUGAAUCGUAUGUUCUGAACCGAUGCUGGAGAAGCAACGAUACCUCCGGAGCUGUCGCCUUGCCAUGAUAACGGGCCUCAACCUCGAGACGACAGCAAUGCAAACCACCAAACGCUCAGAGUUUACCAGACUAAUGCCAGUCGGUCACCAACGCGGCCACAGCAGACGUCUGCAUGAGCGAUGAGUAUCCACUAUCGUGUAGCAAACUGUUCGCAGCCAAUCAAUCAAUGGGUGCAACGAUGUGAAGGCUGCAAAGCA